AUGGCGGCGUAAACAGCGGAAAAUGAGUCUUAAAAAAGAUAGAGUUUUUUUCCAGAGGCAACAGAGAAAAUAUCAUGAACAUUGUUGUGUUCCCACAUGCACGUCAUCAUCUAAAUUCAACGGCGUUUUAAGCUACGAUGGAUUUCCUAGCGAUGUUGAACUCAGAAAGCGGUGGCUGGUGAAUAUUCGUCGUGAUAAGUUCGUUGUUACAGGACACAGCAAAGUUUGUAGUUUGCACUUCACACCGGAGCAGAUCAUUCAGCCGAAAACACCGGAGGGGAAAAGGCAACUAAAGAAAGGAGCCGUCCCGUUAUUGUUCCAGUGGAAUGAUUACUCCAUUCCAUCACCAAGACUGAGCGUUUGGGACAGAGUAAGCAAACUUCAGCCUGAGCUGGCAUCAGCAGAAGAUGGGCAACAAAUGGACUACACUCCUGCUGCUGAUCAUGACUAUUUAUCUGUCCCAGAACCCGCUUUCGUGGACUCGGCAGUCGACGAAAACACGAAAUUAAAAGAAGAAAUCGACUCAUUAAAGAAAGAGAUCCAGGAGCUGAGAAUUAUCUGUAAAUUUGGAUUGCAAAGAUUCGCCCACUCUGACGACGACAUUCGAUUCUAUACACGAUUUCCCAGUUACCAUAACCUCAUGCUUUUUUGGAGAUUGGUUGAACCAUUGGUGCAUAAAAUGGUUCGUGCGUCGAGGGCCAAAGCUGCUGAAAAUUGAAUGAAGCAGUAACAUCUGUCCGUCCCACACACACGAGACAAUCAUUGCAACCCAUCGAUGAGCUAGUCCUUUUCCUAAUGUACUUGUCCGUUGGUUUAAAGGAGCAGGACUUGGCAAAUCGUUUCAACAUUCACAUCUCUACUGUAAGCCGCAUUAUCUCUUCAUGGACCAACUACCUGUACACACUCUUGGGCUUGGUGUCCAUCUGGAUUGAGGCUGAAGAUGUUAAAGCUCACCUUCCUGAUGAUUUCAAAGACUUCCCUGAUACUCAGAUAAUAGUUGACUGUACAGAGCUCAAGUGUCAGACCCCUUCCUCGCCUCUCCUCCAAAGUGAGAUGUUCUCUACAUAUAAAUCUCACUGUACAAUGAAAGGACUUAUCGGGAUUGCCCCCCAUGGUCCAGUGACCUUCAUCUCUUCUCUCUAUGAGGGGUCAAUAAGUGAUAAAGAACUCUUUAGGCGGUCAGGGUUAGCUGACCUUUUAACUGAUGACAUGGCCGUGAUGGUUGACAAAGGUUUCCUGAUCACUGACUGUGUGAAGUGUAAGGUGUACUGUCCACCUUUUCUCAAUAAAAAAAGCCAGAUGCCAGCACCCAGUGUCCUCCAAACACAGAAAAUUGCUUGUCUAAGAGUGCACGUUG